AUGGAUAAUAAGAGUACCAAGGAAUCGGAGUUAGACUUUUCUUUGCGUUCAAAAGAACUAAACUCUCGUGAGGCCUCCGAUAUUUCCCUCAAUAAAGGUAAUGGAAAUUCCGAAAACAGCUUAGAUGAAGUUAAGGAACAUAAUAAAUUUGUCUAUCUGGGUGCAUGGAACAAGAAAUUAUUGUACGUCGCUUACGCUGUUUUAAUUAUUACAGCAUUUGUCGAAAGCUUUGCAAAUAAUUCUACCAGCUCUUUAGAUUCGUAUGCUACUUCAAGUUUUAAUGAGCAUGCCUUAAUUGCAACCGUAGCUGUUGUAUAUAAGAUUACAGCUAUCUGUGCUUAUCCGAUUUUGGCGAAAAUUGCAGACCUUUUGGGUAGAGCAGAAGGAUUUACAUUGUCAAUGAUACUCUAUAGCUUGGCCUACGUACUCUAUGCGAGUUGUCAAAAUGUGGAUACAUAUGUUUGCGCUGAGAUCUUUUUUGCUAUUGGUAGGAAUGGUUAUAGAAUAUUUCAACUUAUUUUCAUUGCUGAUACAUCAUCCUUGAUAAAUAGAGGAAUAUUGUCUCAACUUCCAAAUGCUAUUGGUGCAAUACCCUCUUUGUAUGCUGGUUCUUAUGUACAAGAUGCAUUUUUGGAGCAUUCAACGUGGAGGUGGGGAUAUGGAUCUUUUGCAAUUAUCUUAGCUGCCUUUUGCUUUCCUUUAGGUGGUAUCAUGUUUUAUUUAGAUAGAAGGGCUAAACAAAAUGGACAAAAAAAGGUAUACCAAAUACUCGAAAAUAUUCCAAAAGAUGCAAAAUGGUAUGAGAAGGCCUAUCAAAUAUUAUUCGUGGAAUUGGAUUUGAUCGGAGGAGUCUUAUUAUUGUGUGGAUUUGCAUUAUUUUUUGUCCCUUUCACUGUAACAGGAAAAUCAUCGUCCUAUAAAUGGCAUGAGCCCAAAUUAAUAGUGAUGCUUGUUAUAGGAUUCGUAAUAUUUUGUUGCUUCCUCGUGUGGAAUACAAAAUUUGCAAAGAAGCCUUUCGUGCCUACACAAGCAUUGAAGUCGAAGACCGUAGUUAUUAUUGUUGUGUUAGUUGCAUUAGAUCUAUGUGAAAACUCUUCCUUUGCAACAUAUUUCAAGACUGUUUUACAAGUUGCUGGUUAUUAUAGUGCAGGAGCUGCUACCAGAAUAGAUAACUCCAAAAAAGUUACUGUUGAUAUAUUCAACGUUUUCGGUGGACUUCUAAUGAAAUAUACCAAAAGAUCAAAAAUAUAUGCUUUAAUUGGAAUUCCAAUGUUAGUUUUGGGACAUGGCUUAUUAGUUUGGUUUAUGCGUCGAGGUGAUGGCGAAAUGGCUAGUUACGCUUUGUUAGUUAUGGCCGAAGUAUUUAUCGGGUUUGGUAGAGGCAUGUACCAAUGUGCAUUGCAAGUAACUAUUCAAGCAAUUGCAGGAAUUGAAGGAAUAGCUAUGUCCACCGCUUUCUUCUUAGCAUUCCAGUCUAUUGGAUCUUUGAUAGGAAGCGCCAUCUCUGGUGGUAUUUGGAAUACUGUGGUCUUGAGCAAGUUAAAUUUGUAUCUUCCUGAGGAUGAUAAAGAUCUUGCCAAAAAGAUUUACAAAAGCAUUACCGUUGCAAUGUCCUAUGAAAAAGGAUCUGAUAUUAGAGAUGGAAUUAACAGGGCAUAUGCGGAGACUAUCCAAAUCAUUGGUUGGACUGGUCUCGGAAUAAUCGCACCUAUGCUAAUUUUAAUGUUCUUCAUUAAAGAGGUUAAGUUAUCGGAAGCAAAGGAUAUUUAUUCUGUCUCGAUUUCUGAAGAAGAAAUAAAAAUUAAGGAGGAAAAAGAAAUAGAAAUUAAGGAGGAAAAAGAAUCAUUGAAAAAAAACACAUCUAGAGGUCAAUGA